UCAAGCUCCUCGAAUUCCCCAUUAACCGCCAAACUCAAGCAUUUCCUGCACACAUAUAUAAACUCUCUCUCUCUCUCUCUCCAAUUUCUCUCACUUGAAUGCACUCGGACUCACGCUCCUUCUCUGCAAUGGCUCCCGCAAUCGCUACUGUCGUCUCCGGCGAAAAUGCCGAGCAGCGAACCUCAUCGGAAAAGCUACAUUCAUCGCCGAAAACCAAGCCGAACUCAACCGAUACACCACGACCGACGAUCACAGUCGAGGAAAACGACUCAACACCAACGGAGUACACAGCACAGAAGCUCCUACUAUUCGAUCCUCGCUCAAACAGUUCUCAGAAACUUCUGAUUUCUCCGAAGCAACAAUGUGCCGCAGCUGAAGAGGCGGAGAAGGAGACGGACAACUGCGACGGCGCCGUUUCGUCCAGCGGAAGCGGCAAGGCGGCGAUGGUACUGCUUGUGAUGAAGCCGUCGCCAAGCGCGGCGAAUAUGGACCAGAUCUUUGAUCCGAUUGUGUCUCCGGUAAGCGGAAGGGUGCAGGGCGGGCACGGUGCGAGUUCUUCGGAUAAUUCGACGUCGAUGAUGGAGGAAGCGUGGGAGAGACUGAAGAAGUCGUUCGUGUACUUCAAAGGAAGGCCGGUUGGUACUCUGGCCGCUCUCGAUCCCAGCGCCGAGGCUCUCAAUUACAAUCAGGUUUUUGUGAGAGACUUCUUUCCUGCUGGCUUAGCCUGCUUGAUGAAAUCUCCGCCUGAACCAGAUAUUGUGAAGAAUUUUCUAUUGAAGACCCUCCAUCUCCAAGGCUGGGAGAAGAGGAUUGAUAACUUCACUUUGGGAGAAGGUGUGAUGCCAGCUAGUUUCAAAGUUUUGUACGACACACAUCGCAAGAAGGAUACAUUGAUUGCAGAUUUUGGAGGCAGUGCAAUUGGUAGAGUUGCACCUGUUGAUUCAGGGUUCUGGUGGAUUAUAUUGCUGAGGUCAUACACAAAAUGCACAAGGGAUUUUUCUCUGUCGGAACGACCUGACGUGCAACGGGGGAUGAAGUUGAUACUCAGUCUUUGCUUAUCUGACGGAUUUGACACUUUCCCCACACUUCUAUGUGCAGACGGGUGUAGCAUGAUUGACAGGAGGAUGGGAAUAUAUGGUUAUCCAAUAGAGAUCCAGUCCCUUUUCUUUUUUGCUCUAAGGUGUGCACAACUAAUGCUAAAACCAGAGGGUGGUGGAAAAGAACUGAUUGAGAGAAUUGACAAGCGAAUUACAGCUCUGAGCUACCACAUACAACAUUACUACUGGCUCGACUUCACUCAACUGAAUAACAUCUACCGUUACCGUACUGAAGAAUACUCCCACACUGCUGUCAACAAAUUCAAUGUCAUUCCUGACUCUAUUCCAGAUUGGGUUUUUGAUUUCAUGCCCUUACGAGGAGGGUAUUUUAUUGGCAAUGUCAGCCCAGCUCGCAUGGACUUCCGCUGGUUCUUGAUUGGCAACUGCAUAGCGAUCUUGAGCUCUUUAGCCACACCUUCCCAAGCUACUGCAAUUAUGGAUCUAAUUGAGGAGCGCUGGGAAGAAUUAAUUGGGAAGAUGCCUCUCAAGAUUAGUUAUCCUGCACUUGAAGAACACCACUGGAGAAUUGUCACUGGUUGUGAUCCAAAGAACACGCGCUGGAGUUACCAUAAUGGUGGAUCUUGGCCAGUUCUUCUAUGGCUGCUGACAGCAGCAUGUAUAAAGACCGGCAGGCCUCAAAUUGCAAAGAGAGCGAUAGAGCUGGUGGAGCAGCGCCUUGCCAAAGAUGGGUGGCCUGAGUAUUAUGAUGGGAAGACUGGUCGUUAUGUUGGGAAGCAAGCAAGGAAGUACCAGACGUGGAGCAUAGCCGGGUACCUGAUUGCAAAGAUUAUGAUAGAGAACCCUUCCAAUCUCCUUAUGAUCUCACUUGAAGAGGACAAGAAGAUAGCAAAGCCGAGGCUCACGCGCUCUGUCUCAUGGUCCUGCUAAAGAGAAUCUAGGCCUUCUGAAGGGUCCAGUAGUUGAAGUUUACCCACUAAGACAAGCCAGGUAAGACUUCAUGCAGUAUUUGAAUCAUCUCUUGGUAAUACUUGGUAAUACUUAAUAACAAGAGACAGUUGCCUAAACCAUUUGCAACUGGCGGGAGAGGUUAUCCAAUUCACAUUCAUAUGCUUAGUUUUGGCUAAUCAUUGCUGUGAAUCAUGUAUAUACGACUUGGGAUUUACCUGCAUAAUUCUAGAAACAAUGCAUAUUCUUUGCAUCAAAGUUCUCUGUACCUGUUACUGUUAAAUCUCUUUACUCUUGAACGAUGAAUGUUACUAAUUUCAAUCUAAAGAUGUAUGACCUCAGUUCUGCAACUGAGUCAGGAAUGGGACCAAGACCAGCAUCCUUUAGCCAGGAAUGCGACUGAGUUGUUUUGAUAGACCAUAGAUGUAAAUUGAUAUAUGUAUGCACAAUACAAUUGACCUACAUAAAUGCAUCAGGCUAUUAUACACACUGAUAAAAAUAGAAUACGUAGUAGGAAAGUUCUUAAAUUGCUUAAAAAUAAGUCUUUUUUUAACAUCCCAAUACUCUAUGUCAUCAUGCUAACAAUGAUAUCUUGACAUGCAUUAGACACUUAUAAAUGCAAACACGGAGCAAAAUUCUACAAAGGAACCAGUCAAACCCUAGUUACUCCUAUUUGCUUGCAAGAAACUUACUCUUCAUCAUCAUGGUUGAUCUCCAU